CCUGACUUCCAUCUCGAACACAAACGCAUACGCACCAUCCUGUUUCUGCCAGCUCUUCAUCAUGUCUUUCGACAACGCCGAAGAGUUCGAACAGAGAAUCACAGAGGCGAUAGAGGAAACAAAUCUUCGGAAACAAGCGAUACUGCUCGAUCCACUGCUGCAGCCUCACGUAUGGCUUCGGGCCUUUCGCUCUCUGAGCCCCGAUUAUAUCCCGCAAAAUUCCUCCUCCCCCGUUGACGAGCGCAUGGCGGACGUAUUGAACGAUCUGCAGAUACUUUCGAUGAUCCUCAUGCCAGAUCCCCAGGCGCCGGUCAGCGCACCCGUCCUUCGCGCUCUUCUCGUUGGGUUUCGUACUAUGUGGCCCCUCGCGUGGACAUGGGUUCAAUUCUUGGAUCCGUUGGCUGACGGACCGCGCUCAGACGGCAUGACGCGACUGGUCAUCUCGGCGACCAUACCCUCGGUGCUGGCUAUGGGCCUCAGGCUAGCACUGAAGGAAACAGAAAAUCGCGCGCAGAUCGUGGCCUCUAUGCGAGACGAGCCCCUGCAGAAGCUCGUCGCGCUGUGGUACCACGAAUUUGGGAUAGAUCAUUCAGAUCCUGCCAUGCAGAAGGAUCUCGAGCGCGACAAUGACCAAGGGUUAUGUCUCCAGAUCAGGCAUGCUCAGGGAGCUAUCAGCGAAAUCAUUGCGGACUCUGGAUCGGAAUACUACGACAGCAUGGUCAGGGCGCUGUACAAAAUCUCGGGCGGGCACCCAAAGAGGCUUCGGCGUAGAAUGCUGGCAAAUCUGGAGCGGGGCCUGCAUUCGCGACAACGCCUCUCGGAAAUGGACUUGGCGCAAUUCUAUUUCGCACCCGUUUCAUACCUUCUGUCCAUCCCAUCGUACACGUUCCCUCCUCUAUCCGGCAGAACCAUACGAAGACAAGCUGCGCUAUUGCUGGAGCUGUCGCUCACGCCAGAUACCACUAUGCGUGCGGUAGCGAUGUGCUCAAUCAUCGCGUCCCUACACAAGAAGGAACUCAAUGGGCGCGUAUUGGCUCUGUCGAUAUCCAAUGGGCUGCUUACGGGCGUGCGGAAUAUCAUCUCCCAACAGUCUGUCCAUCGAGCACUGCGCGAAGGGGAUGGUGCAAAGGUCGUGAUCGCGCUUAUAAUCACCUUGUUUGUCACGCUUCGGCUUCGGCGGGUGGCAAAAAGCUUUCUUCAUACGGACGUCUUACCGUUGUCGAGGGAGGAGUUGUUAGAGCCGAGAAGUCCGCUUGUUAAACAAUGGGGGCACCUAAUGGGGAGGAAGCCUUUGCACGCGCUAGCUUGGGCGGCACAUAAGGAGAGGCUCAAGCAUGCACGCCGCUGCUCUAAUUCAAAGUGCACGGCGCGCCCCACAUCCGUAAGACGGUGCAUCUGUCAAGAGGCGUACUACUGCUCGAAGGAAUGUCAACGGAUGGAUUGGCAUCUGCAACAUCGUAUGGACUGCGUCGGGGGGCGUACAGGUACGGUACCCCUCUCCUUCAAUACGUUCUCCUGACAAUUGGUAGGAUGCGAUCUCGACUUGACGCUGGAGGACCGCAUAUUUGUGGAGGAGCUCACACGAUGCUACGUCAACGGAAGUCACCCACUGCUGUGUCGAGAGAUCGCCACCUACCACAGGAACAUCAGAUAUGGCUGUCAUAUCGCCAUCCGUGUUCUAUACAACAAGCAUACGCCCCAGGUCGAGUUUCUUGUUGAUCCCAUAGUGCAGACAGAAGGAGAAGACCGAGAUCCACGCACCUUGCUUAUCAUCAUAGCUGAAUUUGCCUACUACGAGACGAAGGCGACCUUGACCCUACAGCCCUUCCCACUGCACGAGUAUACAGAGAUGGUAGUAGAUUGAGGGCUCUUGUGGUACAUGUCCUUGCUCAAUACGUUGAUUUUGUGUAGUUUCUGCUCGA